AUGAAAAAAUGUUGCAGAAACAUCGAAUCCAUGAUGUGGGGCGAGUCUGAACAAAAAAAUUUCCAUGAUGUUCAAGCUUAUCGUCCUCCUUUAUCAUUCCCGUCACGAGAUCAUAUUCAUCCACUGGAGCAGCAACACUUGAAGUUUAUGAAGCAAGUGAAGGGUAUUUCAAUAAAUACCCCUUUCAUUGAUUCAUUAUCUAAGGUUCCUGAAUAUGCAAAGUUUUUACAAGAUUUCAUCAAUACUCGCCAACAGUUAGAGAAGAAUUCCAAGGUAAUUCUUAGUGAGCAAAGUUCUAAAGUGAUUAUGGAAGAGUUACCUAAGAAUAUGGGAGAUCUUGGACGCCUCACUCUUCCAUGUGAGUUUGGGAAUAAUUUGAAGACUUAUACAUUAGCUGAUUCGGGAGCUAUCAUAAAUCUAAUGCCUUACUCAUUCAAUCAAAAGCUAAAUCUUCCAGGUUUGAAGGCUACAAGAAUGACAAUUUACAUGGCCAAUCGUUCAGUGACACAUCCAAGGGGCAUUGUGGAAAAUAUCUCGUUAAAAAUUGGGAAAUUUGUGUUCCCAAUUGAUUUUGUCAUUUCAGAUAUGAAAGAAGACGCCAAUGUCCUAAUCAUUCUUGGUCGACCUCUACUUAAUACUGAUCGAGCCCUGGUAGACAUUCGCAAAUCCAAGCUUACUUUGACAGUUGGAGAUGAUGAAGCUACUUUUGGAAUAGAAGAUGGUUUUCAAUGA